GAUAAGUCGGUAAAAACUGAACAAGAUAUAUUAACAAACCAAUCAAACCAUUCUCAAACUGACAUAACUGAGGUCUCUGAAUUAGAACAAAAAAAACUUUACGGUUCAUGUAAAACUUGCGGUAGGUCGCUCUCCGACAAAGCUUGGUGUAAAACUUGCGAAGGUCAAAAAUUACAAAAAAGUUUCGGCGAUUGGACAAGUGGUAAUCAGUCUAUCGAUGAAUUUAUUAAAAAUUCUCAAAUUAAACCACAUAACAAAGAAAGUUAUCUGUUAUGGAUUCCUUUUGCUAAUUUGUCUCAUUUAAAAUAUAUGGCCAACGGUGGGUUUUCGGCCGUGUAUCAUGCUUUGUGGGAUAACGUGGAGAAUAAUUACUUAAUAGAUGUUGUUUUAAAGAGAUUGCACAAUGGAUGUACUUCUGAUCCAACAUUUUUAAAUGAGCAGAUUACUAUGUAUUUAGCUGCUGCUGUGCAAAGAUCACCUAUGAUUCGCUGUUAUGGCAUGACACAACAUCCAACAGAGGGUUAUAUGCUAGUAAUGGAAUAUGCCGAUGAAG